AGUUGAAAGGACUAAGUAGUAGUCCACAAAAACCAUUUCUAAUAGACAGAGAGUGAGAGAGAAAGAAGAAAACUAAUGGCUGAUCAGAAAGAGGAAGUGAAGCUUUUGGGGAUAUGGGCAAGCCCAUUCAGCCGUCGGAUCGAAAUGGCUCUGAAACUCAAAGGCAUACCGUACGAUUACGUGGAAGAAAUAUUGGAGCACAAAAGCCCUUUGCUUCUUGCUCUUAACCCUAUUCACAAGAAGGUCCCUGUUCUUGUCCACAAUGGUAAAACCGUUGUCGAGUCUCAAGUAAUUCUUGAAUACAUCGACGAGACUUGGAAACACAAUCCUAUUCUCCCCCAAGAUCCUUACGAGAGAUCUAAGGCUCGAUUCUUCGCUAAACUCGUCGAUGAGCAGAUUAUAGGCGUGGGUUUUGGAGCAAUGGCAAAAGCAGAUGAGAAAGGAAGAGAAGUUUUAGCUGAGCAGACAAGAGAACUUCUUAUGUAUCUAGAGAAGGAACUUGUCGGAAAAGAUUUCUUCGGCGGUAAGAGUGUCGGAUUCUUGGACCUAGUCGCCGGAAGUAUGAUUCCGUUUUGUUUGGAGAGAGGUUGGGAAGGACUUGGAUUGGAAGUUGUUACUGAGGAGAAGUUUCCAGAGUACAUGAGAUGGGUGAAGAAUCUGGAGAAGGUUGAGUUUGUCAAGGAUUGUAUUCCUCCAAGAGAGAAACAUGUUGAGCACAUGAAUUAUAUGGUAGAGAGAAUCAGAUCUUCUUAAACUAUCAUGAAGACUAAAAUCAUCUUUAUGUUUUGAUUUGAUAUGUAAUGUGUUUCAAUGUUUGUAAGCUUGUUAUGGUUUUUAAUAAAUAAAUAUUUCUUUUUAAAAA